UCUUGAGUUCUGAAAUUCCAGUAGAACUUUCGUAGCCAAUAGUUUUCUGACGUCGGUCACUCAGCUUUAGAUCGAUUAGAAGUUCUAAAAUUUCGAACAUCAACGUCAAUAUCCUUUGUGUGAGAACUACGUGAAAAGACAACGCUUGCAAGGGGUGUUUUAAACAAAAGUCUUGCUUUGAAGUAAUAUGAGUAAUGUACCCAAUCAAAAUGGAUCAGGUCUAGAGCAGCAGUUUGCUGGUCUGGACUUGGAGAGCGGUCACCAGCCUUCAGGUGGUCGCUACGUGCCUCCACAUCUGCGAAACAAGGCUUUAGCAGCCAGCAAACAGAGCACAGAAUACAGCGGCAGCAGUAGUAGCAGUGGAGGUGGUGGCAGCUCAAGUUACCGGGGGCGCCGAAACGAUGGUUAUUCGAGUACCAGUAACCAAUGUGCCAAUGGUGAUGGCUGGGGAGAUAGUAGAGACUACAGGAGCUCCAGAGACGAUUGGGGACGCAGUGGUGGAAGAAGUUGGAAUGAUCGUGGUGUUGAACCACCUCUGGCCCGAAAUAAUCGCUGGCAAGAACCACCACCAUCACAGAGAACUUUCAGAGAAAGUAGAGAUGGAGAUGGACGUGGAAGUGGAGGAGGGGGAGGUAGGUGGAAGGAUAGCCAUGGCUCCAGCACGGAUUGGACCGUCCCAACUUCCCGUGAUGAAAGGCUUGAACGUGAACUGUUCGGCACGGGAAACACAGGCAUUAAUUUCAACAAGUACGAAGACAUUCCCGUGGAGGCGACGGGUGAAGAUGUCCCACCUCACAUCAGCAGUUUUGAAGAGGUGCAGAUGACUGAAAUUAUCCAAAACAACAUUGCCCUUGCACGGUACGACAAGCCAACACCGGUGCAGAAAUAUGCUAUACCUAUAAUUAUGGCAGGAAGAGACCUGAUGGCAUGUGCACAGACAGGUUCUGGGAAGACAGCUGCUUUUAUGGUUCCCAUCCUAAAUCGCAUGUAUGAAUGUGGUCCACAGCAAAUGACUAUGAAUAACAGGUCAAUGUAUCGGCGCAAACAGUACCCAUUGGGACUUGUUUUGGCACCUACACGAGAACUGGCAACUCAGAUAUAUGAUGAAGCUCGAAAGUUUGCAUAUCGUUCGAGGCUUCGCCCAUGUGUAGUGUAUGGAGGUGCAAACGUUAGUGAGCAAGUGAGAGACCUGGAGAAAGAAUGUCAUUUAUUGGUUGCUACGCCUGGGCGCCUUGUAGAUAUGCUCGAAAGAGGAAAAAUAGGGCUUGAUAACUGCAGGUUCUUAGUCCUUGAUGAAGCAGAUAGGAUGUUGGAUAUGGGAUUUGAACCGCAGAUACGCCGUAUUGUUGUUGAUAACCAGAUGCCUAAAACUGGAGAUAGGCAGACGCUCAUGUUUUCUGCCACAUUUCCUAAAGAAAUACAGAUGCUUGCCCGGGAUUUCCUGGACAAUUACAUUUUCCUAGCAGUUGGUCGCGUUGGUUCUACAUCUGAAAACAUUACCCAAAAAAUUUAUUGGGUUGCGGAAAAUGACAAGCGCUCAUUCUUGCUAGAUUUACUGAGUGUACCAUCAGCCACAGAUGCUUUAACACUUGUUUUCGUGGAAACUAAGAAAGGUGCAGAUGCUCUGGAGGAUUUCCUAUAUCGUGAGGGUUAUCCUGUAACCUCAAUACAUGGAGAUCGCACACAGCAUGAACGAGAAGAUGCUUUAAGAAGAUUUCGGUCUGGUCAAGCGCCAAUCCUUGUUGCAACUGCGGUUGCUGGAAGAGGUUUGGAUAUUCCUAACGUAAAACAUGUUAUCAACUUUGAUCUUCCAUCUGAUGUAGAAGAGUAUGUUCAUCGCAUUGGUCGCACGGGCCGAAUGGGAAACCUUGGUUUGGCAACAUCCUUCUUUAAUGAAAAGAACAAGAACCUGGUAAGAGAUUUGGUGGAAUUGAUACAGGAGACAAAACAAGAGUUACCAUCUUGGUUACAAUCCUUGGCUAGUGACUCAAGGAUGCCAUCGAGUGGAAGACGUGGUGGUAGUAAUAAACGGUUUGGUAGUGGAGGAUUUGGUGCUCGUGAUUAUCGUCAAACAAGUGGUGGCAAUCGUUCAGGAUCUUCAGGUGGUCGUUCUGGAGGCUAUGGCUAUGGAGGAGACAGCCAUUCUGGAGGCUACUACAGCAGUGGCGGUGGUGGUUAUGGAAACACUUAUUCAAACAGCAGCAGCAAUGGAGGUGGGGGAGGAGGUAGCAAAAACCCAGACUGGUGGAAUUAACGUGAUGCACAGUGUCCCAUCUGCAUUGUCGGUAUUCAAUGUAUUAAGGGUUGGGUUCUCUUUAAGCUUGUCUGGAACCAUGAAGACAUUACAAUAAAAUCCUUUUUAUAAUAUUUCUUUGGCUCUUGUCCUGUUCAGAGAAGAAAAUUAAUAUACAUGUAUCUUUAAAAAAGUAUGAUGUUUGAAAAAUCUAGUUCUGCCCUGUCUGUUUUGUUAUUUUUGAUGUUUUGAUCUUGCUCUUAACUUAACAUCAGAAUAUUUAGUGUCUUUUUCCUGCAUUAUCAGUGGAUAGAACUUGUUUUAUAUGUUCCACUGGGACAUAAUAACAAAAAGAAAAAAAAUUCAGAAUAGCACAGUUAAAUAGUUUUAUUUCGAUAAUAGUGUCUUUAUUGCUUCAAUGAAAACAAAGAUAGUGGUGUGUUUUUAACAGCAGCAGCCCCUACCUGCCAGAAUUCUUUGAGGGUAUGUCAGUAUGGCGAAAUUGAUAAAAUGAGGGAGAAUGUUUUAAUUCCAUCAUGGGUCAUUCUAUUUGAUAUUUCUUUUUAUCAGCAAGAAACAAAUUAAUUUUAAAAAGUAGCAUUUGUCUCGCAUAAGACGACUCACUAAGAUGAACUGUUGGAAUUCGUGGUGUACUCGUGUACUUCUAAAAGUUUCCAUGGGAACCCAUGAAAUUUUAUUUUUCAUAAGUGAGACCACCUAUAAUAUGAGCUUUAAUAUAUAAAUAUUCCUAAUUAACUACAUAUUUACUUGUGUUAUUUGUGCAAUAUGUGUAGAGUUCGCAGAAGUGACUGAAGUGUGUCUGUUAUAAGGCCAUAGUGAAUCUCUGUGGUAAAGUUCUUGGUUAUUGUAUUGUAGUCAGUGGAAUAGAUUUCCAUUACAAGUUUUUGCAAAUCACAACUCAUUUAAAAAAAAAAUACAGCCUUAUUCUUGAUAGAGCUCUCUGCUUGAUGUUCAAUUAUUGUUAGUUCCCAUUGCCUGAAAUCCUGCAGUUUGAUAUCUGUGUCAUAUGUACGUUCACUUGCACAUAAUAACCAAAUGUGGAUUGUUCAAACAAUGUUGUGUGUAGCCUAUAGUAGGCAUCUCAGUUUCCCCCCUGAAUGUGUGGAGUUAAACAUGCUUCUGUGAAAUAAGCGACUUGUAUUGUAGAGCAUGAAUUACACGUGAAUGCAAAUUAUAAUAAAUACUUCUGAUAUUAUCAGAAUUCUGGUAUAGUUAAAUACUUGGAUUUUCACUUUCAACUUCAUUUCCAACGUUUAAGGUUGGUGGCAUGUGAGAACUGGACCGUAUAAACUUAUUUAGACAGAGGAAAUGUACAUCCAUCUUGUUCAUUCAUUCUGGAGGCAGUUUAAGAUUUCUUCCCAGUACUGGGUGCUGUGACUAUUGCAACUUAUUAAAGUUUUGUAGAUGUAGUGGGGGAAAUGCGAACUUGGUUGCAAUGAUGCUUUUGUUGUGUACCACUAAUGAUUGUAACCCAGGAACAUGUUGGUAAAGAGAUUUUUAAAAAAGAGCUGAACACUUCGGAAAAAUUACGUGAAACUAUAAAGGCAAAAAGGGGGCUGUUGCACUUCAAUUAAUCUAUAUUAAACUGUGAGCAUUGGUGUUAUUCAUUUGUUGCUCAGUGUCAAUGGAAAAAACCUUAAUUCAUUAAUUAGUUGAUGUUAAAAACUUCAGUGUAAAUUGUAAUUUAGUGGAGUGUAUGCAACUUGUCAGGCAUAGUGUUUAGAAAAUUACUAUAUAUAUCUGGCUUAAGAUACUCUUGAUAAUAGCACAAUAUUUUUUUAAAAACUCCUUUGACGAGUAAAAACAUGAAAGUGGACAUGAAAAAUUGCUUUGGGGACAAGUUAGGCAUAUUAAAGGUGGUUUACUUGCUACAGUGUUAAAUUGCCUGUUGAGAAAAUAUUGUUGCCUAUAAUCCAAUUGUGUGUGCGUGUAUAUAUAUCAGCAUGAAUUGUAGUUUCACCGGAAGAUAGACUUUAAAUAUGAUUUUGCUGUUGUGCAAACGGAAUUUUGAUCAAACUGUUAAAUGUAAUGUCUGCUCACUUCAGCAGUACAUGUAAAUUUCAAAAUAAUGAAAUCAAAUGAAGUACCAUGUGACAAUUUUUAGUUUCCCUGCUAUUUAUUUUGCAUUUAUGGAAAUGAAUUACCCUGUUGUGAAACUUUAAAUUUGUCUGAAGGAGUAGUCUUAUCAUUUACAACUUGAUAUGAAUGAUACUUCUCAGAGCUGAAUUUCAAAUAGUGAAAGGUAUCUGUUCUUGAAGUGGUGUGUUUGACCAGGGUGUUCAAUGUACUAAUUAUAUUGAAAUUAAUUAUACAAUUUACUUUUCUGAUAAAGUGUUCUUCACUGAUUGAGCAUGUAAGUAGAUUAUUGAUUGUGUUAGUACCUCUAUUUUAAAACUAUCAUCAGUAAUUCAAUUGAUUGUUCAGAACAGAUAUUGGAGAUUAAUUAAAUGCAUUGUUCUACAAAUAACAUUUGUAAAGGAGCUUCUCGCACUUGCAGUCUUAAUUUUUAACACUGCAUUAUGAGACUUGCUUAGUUUUAGAUACAGUAUUUUUUUAAAGGUAAUAUUUUAUUAGUCUUUUUGUUGACUAGCAACUGUAACAUUUUUAAGCUGGAAGCGUGGUAAAGAGGUUUUAAUUUGUUGCCAUUUUAUCUCGUUUUUUUAAAGUUCUAACAGUGACUUUUUUCGUUUUCUGUCUCUAUAUGUCAUUACUGCUAAAUAAUAAUCAAAAUUUAUAUACUGUAUUUUCUUGUUAAGUUAAUUCAAAAUUCUCAACAUGGGCUAUAGCAGUACCAUAUUGUUACUCUAUAUUUGUAAUGUUUUGCAAAUAAUCUGGUUUCUUAUAACUUCUGUAAAAACAUUCCACGGACUGUAUUUUAAAUAUGAUUCAGUUGUGAAUGUCUUCAGUAAAUUAAGUUCUGAGCUGUUGGAAAUGCUCUCAGGGCUAUUAAAUUCUGAAUAGUGUUAAAAUAAGAUUUAUUCUGAUAGUGGUGAGCUCCCACAUAGCAUAAAGUCAUUAAGAGGGAUCCUUUUGAUGUAGUAAUACUGUGGUAACAAGCUAAUUCUGGAGAUAUUUAUAAGAAGUAUUUUGAAAGGCUCAGUCCUGCUGUCUUGUCAGUUGAUCAUAAAAUGAGAUAUGUAGUUCAUGAUGCUUGUUCUUGUUUAUGUCACUACCUGUAGAACAGAUACCUCUCGCAGGAUUAAGUGAUUAUUUUAAUUGGGGUGAUUUUCUGCUAAACUUGUUCCCAAUAUUAGACAUUGCAGACAUCAUUAAAUGUGUAAUGCUGUAUUGUCAACAAUUUGCUGUGUUGCAGUUACAGAGAUAAAUUUAUAAAUAAGUUAUUGUUACUAAGUGACUGUGUCCCAUUUAUUGCUUAGAAACAUUUCUUGGAAACUUAAAUAAAAAUUAGAUGCAUACUCCCAUAUUUAUUACUAUUUUCCGAAUGCAUAAUUCAUCAGAACCAAGAUUUCUCCUUCUUAACAAACACUUGCAGCUUAACUCUUUCAGCACUUUCCUGUAGCAAAGUUCGCAUUACUCUUUUGCAAUUAUCACAUGUGUUAUUUAGUUUCCAUACAAACUGGCAUUGUAAAAUUUCUUAUUGCAUUGAGGUAGGGUUUUUCAUUUCAAAAUUCAUGAACAGUAAAACUAAUUCUUCCUGAGACUUUCUGCUCUUUGCUCCGCCACUUUCUGCUCUUUGCUCCGCCACUUUCUGCUCUUUGCUCCGCCACUUUCUGCUCUUUGCUCCGCCACUUUCUGCUCUUUGCUCCGCCACUUUCUGCUCUUUGCUCCGCCACUUUCUGCUCUUUGCUCCGCCACUUUCUGCUCUUUGCUCCGCCACUUUCUGCUCUUUGCUCCGCCACUUUCUGCUCUUUGCUCCGCCACUUUCUGCUCUUUGCUCCGCCACUUUCUGCUCUUUGCUCCGCCACUUUCUGCUCUUCUUCGAUGAUGAUGAUGCUGCUGUUUCUUUUCUCCCCCUCUCCCCAAUUCUCAGUAUUAACACCACCAUUUUCUCCUCUUAACCUUCCUGUUGUAGUAUGUGUCUUAAUUAAUCAUUUUAAACAGCUUCUGAGAUUUACGUAUGUGUUUUUUUUUAUGGUGGAAAUUUGUGUACAUUAAGAAAUAUGUUAAUUUUGGAUAAAAUCUAAAUUUUCCUAUUUCUUGGUUCUGAUGGCUUCCAUCCCUGUUGCCAGAAUAGUGAUCUCAGUGUAAUUCUGAUUUUUCACUGCAGUUUCCUCAAAACUAAAAUAUCAAGUUGACAUUGCAUGAAUAAAUCGUGACGUCACAGGUACAUCUAAUUGUACGCUGUGGAAUUUCAUUUCCAGUUGACUACAUGACUUCAUGUUGUAAAAAAAAAAAAAAUUUUAGUUAUUACCAGUUUUGUGGAGUAGCCGAAUUAUUUAAGUGUGAGUGCACGAGUGUGGUGUGAACAGAGAGCUUUAAUUGUGAGAAAACCUUCCAUGUAAUUUUCAUGAACAUGUUUAUGAGAAGUUAGUUGCUGUUGAGAGGUAACAAAGUGUGGAAGUUAGAACCGUAUGAGUACUUUGUACCUGUGAUAGUCGCAAUUGAGGUGUUAUGAUGCAUGUUUUGUCUGCAUUUUGUCUUACAAUGUAUUAAAUUGUUAUGUGUGUACAAGACACGGUUGAUUUGUGAUGUUAUAAUUUAGGGUUAUUUAUAUUUAUUCGUGUCACUGUUGUGUCUGCUUGUAUUUGAUUUACAAACGAAACAUCUUUCUAUGCUAAUGGUGGAAAUAAAAAGCAGUGACCUGUGACUGCAAAUCAGCGUCAUGCGAUAAAAUAAAUUAGUCCACUGCAUAGAUAUUGUGCUGACAAGAGGGACAGAAAUUGGUUAAGCUCCAUUUCCUCUUUAUAUAUUGCAUUUAAAUCUGUCCUAUUAUUUUCUUUGUAGAAGUAUUAUUGUACUUUUUUCAGAAAGUGACAGGUAAAUAAAGAUUAUGAGGUGUGAA